UGAUUUUGCAUUCAUGUCGGAAUUUGAUGUAAUCAAACUAAUGGUCUGAAAAUAUGAGUACUGAAAUAGAGCCCCAUAUAACCAAAAAGUAUGAAAUCAAGAAGCGGCUCGGUAAAGGGGCAUAUGGGAUUGUAUGGAAAGCAAUUGAUAGGAGAACUGGUGAGGUUGUUGCAGUCAAAAAGAUCUUUGAUGCCUUUAGAAAUCAGACAGAUGCACAGAGAACUUUCAGAGAGAUUAUGUUCCUACAGGAAUUUGGAGACCAUGCUAAUAUAAUCAAAUUACAUAAUGUAAUAAAAGCAGAAAAUGAUAAGGAUAUUUAUUUGGUGUUUGAAUUUAUGGAGACAGAUUUACAUAAUGUUAUCAAAAGAGGGAACAUACUAAAAGAUGUACACAAGAGAUAUAUUAUGUACCAGUUACUCAAAGCCACGAAGUAUUUACACAGUGGAAAUGUAAUACACAGAGAUCAUAAGCCAUCAAACAUUUUGUUGGAUAGUGAGUGUGUAGUAAAAGUAUGUGACUUUGGCCUGGCAAGGUCACUGUCUCAGAUUGGUAUAGAUGCUGAGACUGGUGAUCCUAAUUUAACAGAAUAUGUAGCAACUCGAUGGUACAGAGCUCCAGAAAUUCUUCUGGCUUCACACAGGUAUACCAAAGGUGUAGAUAUGUGGAGUUUAGGAUGUAUACUUGGUGAAAUGUUGGCGGGAAAGCCAUUAUUUCCUGGCUCCUCUACAAUAAAUCAAAUAGAGAAAAUAAUGACAUAUAUUGCAGAACCUUGUAGAGAGGAUAUAGAUAGUAUUAAAUCUGCAUAUGGUGCCUCAGUAUUAGAGAAAGCUGCCUCUAGGGGAAAGAAGUCAUUGGAGUCUUUAAUACCAGAUGCACCUAAAGAUGCAGCCGAUUUAGUUCGAAAACUUUUACAUUUUAACCCAGAUAAAAGAAUUACUGCUGACGAAGCAUUACGACAUUCAUAUGUAGCUAGAUUUCAUAAUGUAUCAGAAGAAAUAGGAUUAAAUUAUGAUGUUGUUCCACCAUUAAGUGAUGACACACAGCUGACCGUUGAUGAAUACAGAAGUAAACUCUAUGAGAUGAUUAUGCAGAAAAAACAGGAAAGACGACGAAAGCGACAUGAAAUGAGAAGUGCACCACAGCCCACCCGACAUAUAUCCAGAACUCCAGAGGAACCUCCUCCAAGCGAACCCUACAAUCGUGAAAAUGAAUAUGACAAAGGCGCAGAGCCAAAAAUAUAUUACAAAAGUCAUCCAUCAGAAGGUCACCCCCAUUCAGCUCCUCAUCAUCAAUCAUCAUUUUCAGCAUUCGGCAGAACAACACAUGAACAACCACCAAGAUCACGGUUACAAAGCAGACAGAAAACCAGUAUUGGAAACAAUGUUCAGCAUUCUAAUAGUGCCACAGCUAUGCAGUUAUAUGAGAUAUUUAUGAGAUCUCAACACCUUGGUAUUCAUCCCAAUAAGUUUCUAUAUGGUAGGAACAUAAAGGUUCAGCCAGAUCCUUAUCCGCCUAUGUCAAAAAACAGACAUACCUCAGCUCCAACUCAAAGCAGGGCAGGUAGACCAACGUCAGGACUGUAUAGAGGACCAACAAUUACUAGAGAUGAAAAAGCUGGUGCAUUGAGUGUUACUAGUUCAAGACUGUCAGGAAUUGGCCGGUUGUUAAAAUGUGCAAUGGAACCUUUACCUCCCAUCCGAUCAUACACACAUUAUUACGUACCUGGUCAAAGACCAAUAUCAGCUCAAAAUAAGCCACAAAAGCCCAUCUAUGGAAGGAAACAGUUCAGUAAUGCUACAAAUGUGCCGUCUGCUGGGGCACCAAAGGAGUACUUCGGUAGUUAUGCCCAAGAUAUUGGUACAAUCACAUCAUCAGGCUUGGCUGCUCUGCAGGGUAAAAAGGCCUAAAGUGUCACAAAAUUGUCUUUCAUAAAACUUUGGAGCAUGCUCCUUAAUUUCUGAGUUGAACUCAAUAUGUUGGCUGUCUUUAAUUAAAUAUAUACUAUUGACUAUUAAGACAGAAGUUACAUUUAUUGUGGAAAUGUAUGACACAGAUGAUCUUUAUGCAUUACCAGUUUAAUGGAGUGAAGAAGCAGAAAUAUGUAAAAUAUGAAAAAGGUGCCAAUAUGUUAACACUAGAUGUUCAGAAUAGCUGCUGCAUAUCAGUCUGGGGAAACAGCUUUGUUAUCUCCAUAUGUUGUUAUCAAAUUUUUCCUGUUUAGGGAAACAUCUACAUAUAGCAUUUAGUUUGCUGGAAAAAUUAUAGAUUUCAAAUUAUUUUUCACUGUUUGAAUGUGCACAAUAUGAAAAAAAAAAAUAUAAAUUAUGUAAAAUAUGAGUUCCAGAGUGAUAUCUGUGUAGUUCUAAGUGUAAACAAAUUUACCUGUUGUGCUGAACUAAGAUGAUACCAUUUAUACAUCAACAAUCAACCAUACUUUUAUUUUUUUUAAUUGUAAUUUUAAUGAUGUAUUUUAAUGUUUACAUUAUAUUCAAAUAACAUUCCAUUACUGUGUUAUAUAUAUAUAUAUAUAUAUAAUGUCUUGGUUGUGAAUGAUAAUCUAUAAAGAAAUUUACAUGCAUUAUACAGGUCCAGAACACAUUUGCAUAUUCAGUUGUCACAUUUUCAUUCAAUAAAUAAUGUUUUUUUAUGAACACCAUAAGUAUGAAUGUUAAGUAAAUUUGGGCAAUUUGAGCUCCAGGUAAGUUAGGCCUUUGUGGCAAUUUGUUGAAGAAAUAAGUAUGAAAUUUAAUUUAUUAAAACUUUACUACAGGUUUGGAAUAAUAUGAUAAACCCAUACAAAGUAACUACCUUUUAAAACAUUUUGUGAAGAAUCUUAGAAAAACCAAAUACAAUAAAGUAAUAUUACAUGAAUAUAAAAGUUAUUUGCUGGCGUAAGUAAAUAGUUAACGUGAGUUGUAAAGACUUAUAAACAAAGUAAAGAAGAAUCAGUUUACUUUUCUGAUUUCUUAUGAUGAUAUAUUAAAAAAGUUAAAAUACAGCAACUUCCUUUUACUUAAUAUAUCAACAAAGGCAUUCAGCAUUGGAUGAUUAUUGAUAAAAUUCUUGGAAUAUCGUUUGAAUACUCAUGUCCAUUUUAUCUCAUGUAUAACAUUGUGUUCAAAUUCAUUUAUGCCAUGAUAGUACUAUAUAGUCAGUCAUCAUUGAGUGCAUAAAAUGUAACCAUCACUAAUGUUUAUGACGUCCAAUUCUGGUACACAUUGAUACAUAGAUAUAAACAAAUUAAUUUCCCAGUUAUUUGAACUAUCCUAAUGUAAUUAUUGACUAUAUGUGAUGAGGUUUCUGAUAUAAGUUUCAGUGACUAUAUAUAUACUUUAUAAAAUGUAAAAUAAGCACAUUGAUAUCGCAUAUGAAGUUUAUUCUAGACAAAAUAAUAAAAAUGAGAUAUUAAGAAAGUAAUUAAUUCUUUAAGGAAAAUGAUUGGGAAUAUACGUCAUGAAAACAUUGAUUGAUUUUGGUUUGAUUUAACAAGCCACAUGCCAUUUAGCAGUUUUAGCUUAGCUUCCUGAAUAUUGUACAAUGAUUAAAUAAAUGAACAAUAUGAAAUCCGUAAUGUCAAUCUUGUCAUGGAACUUGAAUCUAAAUCAAUUUUUAUAUUAUUUAAGUGUUCAUUUUGUUAUCAUGAUGAAGUAAUUAAAUUUGUUGUCUUUUCAAAGUGUAAAUAAAUGAUAGGAGGGACAGAUGAUUUGUUAUUCAACACAGAUGUAGAUUUCCGAUGAAAACUGUAAGCUUUUUUUAUCAACAUAAUGACAUCUCAUUGUCAGUAAUAGAUACUUCUUACAUUGCUGACAAUGAGAUGUUCACAUAACCAGAUACUUACUUCUAAAAAAAUCUAUGUGAAAUCCACAUCUUUAUACAAUUUUUGAUCACAAUACAACCAAGUCAGGAACCUCAUCAAUUGUUGCUGUAAGCUAUAUUUUGAUAGGAUUUUUUCCCUGUAAGGGUUAAGUGUUGAUCAAGAUUUUAAUCUCUGUUAAAUUUUGUUGGUACAUUUUUAGACUUGGGACAAUUUAGAGCUAGACAUAUUGUUUUGACAUUUGUCUUGUUUUUGUCAUUAGGGUUGCUGUCUCAUUGAGGUAUAACCUGCAUAUCCUUUAAAUUAUAAUAAUUGUCUUGCCUUUUCAAAAUCAUUACAGCUUCCCUUUGAAGGUUGUCAAAGGCAGGUUUAACUGUACAUAAAUGUAUGUAUUAUUAGGCAGUAUGUAAAUGCAGAAAUUGUAUCAAGAUCAGAAGUUCAAUAAAAGAUUUCAGAAAAAACUUCACAGGUAACAUUCCAUUUUUACUUAAUUAUUUUUAUACAUUGUACUUGAAGUUCUACAGGGAUUUUAUUAUUGAUAAAGUGUAACAGAUAUAUACAUUUGUAGUUUCAGUUUUGUGUUUUCACAUGAUGCCUUGAGCAUUUUGAUAUAUAGGAAUACCUCAAGACAAACAUAAUUGUCUUCAGGCACAUAGUUCCAAACUAUUGAUGAACAAUGAUAGAACAAGACAACAGAAAGGAACUCUGUUUUAAUUUAUUGCCAAUGCUGUGAAUCAGGAUACUGAUUGUAGUUGUUAAAUGAUGUUUAUAUGUUAAAACCAAAUUUUGUUUGUUAUGUCAAUUUUAAAUGACAGGAGUAUGAAUGAAAAGUUGUGAUAUUGAAAACUUAUCCCUCCAGAUUUUGUGAUCCGUCCAGUAUUAAUGUGUUGUAUCCAUUCCAUCCAACUUAACAUUCCAGUAUUUUUUCUACAUAGUUUAUGAUUAUUUUUAUUUAUUUGUAAAUUAUUUUUAUUCAUGUUAUCAUAUUUAUUAUACAUUGAAUCAUUUAUCUCUAUGUAAAAAUCCAUUUAUUUGUAAAUAGUGUAGUUUAGAUGAAUUGCAUUUUAGAUAUAGAAAGUAUAAGAGGUCAUUGGCUGCAUCAUCUUGUCUUGAUACAAUGUUCUCUAUUUGUUUUAUUAAAUAUCAACAGGAACGUGCAAAGCUAACCUUUUUUUGUUAAAGUUGGUCACGAAUAAAUAUGUGUUGACAUUAAACUGACCAACCUUAUUUACAUUUUUAUAAGUGAACAAAUUAAGUGCUCUUUUUUUUUGGAAUCAAUGUCCUAUGUGCCAACAAAAAAUUUUUAUGUUCAAAAGCACAAAAGUAUAGCUAGAAUAAAUUAAAGGAGUAGGUCCGGUAAGGGCCGAUUUUGGCCCCAAAUUUCAGGUUCAUCUGAUGAAAGAUUUUGGACACUUUUUAAACACUUAAGUGUCUACUUUAGUAGAAUCAAUUAAUUUAUGUGAAAGAUUUGAACUGAUUUAGUCAUUAAAGACGCUCAUAUUAUAUAAUAUGUCACUUUUCAGAUGGUUUUUGUCAAAAAUGAAAGUGGCCGCAUCCGUGUUCAUCCUCAACCUUUAUAUAUGUUAUGUAUUAUCAUCAAAUACAACUUACAUUUAAAUAUUAAGAAUGAACACAAAUGCGGCCACGUCCAUUUAAGACGGAAACCGUCUAAAAAUUAACUCAAAUGCUAAAAUUAUGAAGAUUUCAGUAAUUUAGCAUGAACUAAUGAUGCUAGUACCUGAUAAAUAUGCAUUGUAUUAUCAAAAACAGCCCAUAUGUAUGUAACAGAAGUAUUCUUCUUUCCAAUGAAUAGCUAAAAGUUUACAUUUUAACAAUUUAGUAAAACUGCUAUAUUUUGGGGCCAAAAAGGGGUCUUACUGAACCUACUCCUUUGAUUAAUCAAUGAGGUCUAGUUAUAAUUCUAUUUAUUCAGUUUAGUUUCCGUAUUUUUCCUUCCUUAUUUAAAUGAUGAGUAAACUUUGACCUGUAUGCAACUGCUAAAUGAUGACAGAGGUGUUGACAGGAUCAACAUUAUAUAUGUACCAAUAUCUUAUUUAAUGUAGAAAUUUCAAUACCACAAGGUUGCAAUAUGACUUCACAAGAUUUAAAAAUUAAUGAUAAUGCAUUUGAAAUUAAGUGGAAAUUUAAAUAAACAAUGUCAGUCUAAGAUUUAUCAACUGUUUUUCAAUGUAGGAUUGCUUGAAUCCUUUUUUAUUUCAAGGUCAUAAGUUAACGAUAAAGGAUGUGCCCUGGUUACCUAGGAUGUUCUGACAUGGAUUUGAAUAGUUGUUGAUCUAUCAAUCUUUCAAAGGUUAAGGUUACCUGAUAGCAUUUUAGAAUAACGCCUAUUCUAGUUAUGUGUAUUUUCAGGGGGGUUGUUUACUUUUUUUCCAUUCAAGUUUUCUUAUGAUUUGACAAGUAUUUAUUUGUCAUUUUUCUAUGCUAAAAUUUGCUAAAUUACAGUUAAUUUGGAAUAUAUCUUUUUCAGUUUGUUAGUAUCUAAGGGACAAGAGGCCAGUGUUCACAAAUAUGACAUUACAUUUUUUUAAAUGGAAGGAUAUAAAAGUGGAAUUUGCAAUACAUGGAGAUCAAUGAGCUAGAAUCUAACUGUAGGGUUUUGAUAUCUUAUAUAUAAUUUGUUUUGAUUUGUUCAACAAUAUAUAUGAUGCAUGCCAAUUGUCUGCUGUGCUUUGAAAUGUAACAUUUUAUCUGUUGAUUGUCUUUAUCAUUAGUUUAAUUUUAACUGAAAGAAGAGCAUUCCCAUUAAAACCUGAAAUAUAAAAUAAAGGUGGAUGAUA